CACAACGCGUACGGAACGGGGCGUCGCACGAUCCGUCAGGCGCGGUACGACCGACCGCGUUUUAUUGUCGUGCCGACUCCGCACCUGGCAACGCACCGGCCGCACGAUAAUAUCGUAACGAUAUUAUUAGAACGCUGCCAUCGAAUUAACGUCUUCGGGCGUAUUUAUACGCGUCUAGUCUCGACCGUUGUCGACAUCGCGACCGUUUCGGUUUCAAUACGUUCAAUCGAUCGCCGGCACCUGCGCCGCGCCGCCGUCGGUUCCGUUCGUCCGAAGGUUCCGCUCGCGUAUCCGCGAAACGCAUUUUCAUUAUCGUCGAGGUCACGUGCGCAGUGUAUACGCCGGCCUCCCGCUGAUGAUACGUCUUAAUUUUUCGAUAUAUUUUAUAAACGCGGGAGAAGAAUUUUUUUUUUCGCCGCAUGCGAGUGAUUUAGUAAAAUAAAAAAAAACCAGCGAUAUGCCUCCUUUUCAGAUCGACCGUAACCUGUUGCUGAUGAAAGUCCAUUAUUUCGUGGGAAUAGGCGGUAAGCGCGCAUAAUGGAUACAUAAAAAUAUUUUUAUUUUUUUUUUGCAAACUUUAUCGUUUUUAUAACUAUUGAAUUAUCGUCGGGGGUCAGCGGCGUAUUCGGAAUUUCGCCAAAGACGGAAAUAUCGAAUUUGUAAAUUGCCGAUGUUUAAUUUAUACAUUGUUCACAGUGCCUAUAAUUCAAUCUGUCCUGAAAUAUUAAUAUUGGCGAUCAAAUAAUUUACACUAUUUAGGCGCCUACCCAACUUCCUCUGUGUAUCCUACUGUGUCCUUAGACCGGUUCGGAUAAUAUACAGGUUUCGUUUUAAACUAGAAAAUGUUUACGUUCAGAUUUUCAGAUAACAACACACUGAAACGUUGAUUUUUCCGACCAGUAAAGACAUUUGAAUUUAUAACUAAGAAGCCAUAUAAAAUAACAGAUUCUAAUAAUAGGUCAAGGGGAGAGAUAUACUUUCCUUAUCUCCUUCUGUAAAUAUCCCGCCAUAUUUUGAAUAUAUUAUCGGUUAAAUGUCGUUUUAUGAUGAAAAAUAGUUAUCGCGUCUCGUAAAUCGAAAAUCAAUCAAUAUGUCUCACGUAUUAUAAUAUCACGAUAUUAUAAUGACGUUUUAUUCAAUUUGCAUGCAAUACGUCUAUGUGCGUAUUACCUCUGCAAUCCUUUUGAAUGGCGAACAUUCGUCUGCGGCUUAUUCGGACGUAAAAGUUUACGAAUUAAAUAAUUUAUGUUUUUUCUUUCUCUUUUUUUUUAUCCAUUCGAAAACAUCGUUAAUACCGUCUUGUGCACACCUCCGUUAAAGGUGGUUAUCAUUUGCGCAUUAUUAUUGUUCUUUUCGACCUCUUUCAUAAGACAUUUGCGCACCGUUAAAUUGUCGAGGUCGAAGGAAAUUAGGAGUACUUAAAACGGAUGAAACCGUAAAUUGUUUUCUGAAUUUCAGCUUAAUAUCCAGUAUAAAUAAUUUUUAAAUACAAUAGUUAUUUAGAAGGUAUAGGUGUUAUACGUAGGUACAAAAGUUAUUUCUGUUUUAAAAAUAUAAUGUCCAUUUAUCUAGACCAGGGAUAGCAAAUCCAUUGCACGCAUGCCCGAGGUGGCACGUGAAAAAUAUUUUGAGCAUACGGCUUUUAUCGGAUCGGAUUAUUGUAAUCGAUCUUUUAUCAGGGAUCAGGUGGGAGGCGAUUCGUGUGAGGCCAUAUUAUGAUGUACGAAUUUUGGGGGGCAGGUAAACAAACGGUGAACAAAUGAUAACCGCCACCCGUGAAACCCUUUAGGCGUUCGACAUGAUUCUCGCCUACAAUUAAGUCAUCAAACGAACAACUGUUUACGAACAAUUAAUAUGUAGGUACCUAUUAUUGUAAAUCAGCAUCCACCUGCAAACAAAAUAAAUUAAUAUUAUUUUCAUUUUAGUAUUUACUGUUCAUUUGUUUAUUGUAAUCAGUAGCACACGCAGGAUUGUUUUCCGGGAGGGGUUUUAUUUAUAAUAAAAAUCCUAGAGAGGGGAUAGCAUAUAUUAUUAUCAGUACAACAGUACUAUCACUAUUAUUACUGAAUAAAUGAUUUUUGAUAAAAUUAAAUUUUAUUUUAUUCUGCAGUAUAAGAUAUUGUUGUUGAAAUAAGUUGAUAUAAGUUGGUAUAAGAUGAGUUGUUGAAUGGAAAACUUGAUAUAAAAAAAUGUAGUGUUGGAAAACAUAUCGGGGUUAGGUCCCUUCUCCCUUUGUGCUCGCCACUGUUUAUAAUAUAAUAUAUGGCGGCGGUUUACUAUUAACAGUUUUACAAGAGGGAGAUCGUCCGAUUCGGCUGAUGAGACGACGGGUACACUAAUCCACCAUUUUUGCGUCUUUCACGUGCGUUCUUUUUAAACCGUAUAGCCGAUCCCAAACGCUGAUUGCUAAAUCAUUAUUGCCCGUCUAUCAACCGGCACAACUGGUUUUCGUUUUUUUUCCUGUUUCGCGCGCGUAAAACAUAGCAACGAAAGCAAUAUUAUUGGGCGCAUACUGGUCGCCUCCGGAAUCAAAAAGGUCGAUAAUUUUAAUACGAAUCGUCUUCCGGGUAUAUUCCUCCCGGCGUACCUUAAACUUUAUCGUAAACGAAAAAGAUCUACUACUAGUCGCCUCCCAAUAGGUAGGUAAUGAAUGUAUAAGUGGUUUACAAACAGUAUGCAUAAAUAUACAGCUUUGUUUAAAUCUUUUAUCAUGAAGUAAUAUUAUGUUGGUUUUUACGUAUUAAUAAGUAAUAACUUAUCAUUGGAUUUUGGAUUUAUACAUUCAAAGUCGUAAUCUAUAAUUUUUGUGUAUUGUUAAUAUUAUACGACUAAUAUUAAACAUUACAUAUCUUGUGUAAUAAUUAUUAUCAUUAGCUGAGCUUCAACACUCGUCGCAUGAUUUUAUUUUUACAAAUAGUUAUUAAGUGAUUGAAUUAGAAUUUUUAAUAGUUAUUAAGUGAUGAUAAUAUUUUUGAAGUUUUUAGAAUAGAUCAAAUUGAAAUGCGGGAAAUGAUCAGUGAAAAGAGCAAACAUGUUACAAUAAUUAAUAGUUUUAAAUUUAGUUUUCAAAAAAAGUUAGCCUACAACAAAGAACGGGUAAAUUGUACGACAAAAAUAUGCAAAGUUGUUUUAAAAGUACUUAUAUGAAAGUUAUUAAGUAAUAUUGAACGAAAAUAAGUUGAACCAUAUUAGACAUCAUCUGAACAAUUAUUGUUCAUGUACAUUGUACAUGAUUUUUCAUUGACCGAUUAUAUUAUUAUUUUUAAUAAAAUUAUAAAUAUUAUAUUAAAUCCAGUUUAGUUUAUGAACCACUGCAUUAUUCAAUAUGGGAGGCAACUCGUAUAUAAUUAUGAACUACCUAAUCGUCGGAAGCAACUAGUGUAUAUUAAAAUUUUUAUUUACGAUAAGGAUGGGAGGCGAUUCGUACAUUUUGGGAGGCAAUUCGUAUGCACUGAUAUUAUUAAUGUUAAAAUCAAUUAACCAGCACGCACACUCUGGUUAUAACGAUUUUAACUGAUUAGGUAUACUUAGUUGUAUAACAAUAUGUAUUUGUUUCUUUUAUAAGCAUUUUAAGUUCAAAUUUUGACCUCACGUUUAAUAAAAAAUAAUUAUUUUAAAUUAAUAUAAUUAUUCAUCUUUUAUCUUCAAUGCGUUGCAUUAAUUAAAUUAAUUUCGGGUCAAAUUCAGUCUGUGGCAACUUGAGUAUUCAUCUUGUGAAAGAGAUGUAUUCAUACACACAUUUUUUAUUGAUCAAUAUUCAAUAUAACCCAUGAGGCACUCAUUAUCUCGAAAAGUGUUAACCUUUUUGGGAAUUGUGUUUUAGAAUAUUUAAGAAUUAAUAGCUCUAAAAAGUCGCAUUACUCUAUUUUUAUUGCCUUAUUUAGGGGAAAGGGAACUGCUUUAUACUUUUGAUUUUAAAAUUGUGGCCUAUAUAAAAAAAUUCAAUAAAACAGAGUAUUAAUUUAAAUACUACAUUUUCCCGUUGACGAGAUAUUUCACUUUUAUGUCUCGAAGAGAGGAGCGUAAUAGUGGUGCAUUAUUUGUGUGGCGGUACAGAUCACGAAAUGUUCCAGCACUUUCCCCUACCUAAACUUAAAAGUGAAGUAUCCCGUCAUUGGAUUGACAAAAUUAAAAACUUGUUUAUAAUUUUGUACUGAAUACAAGUUGGUUUCAUCAUACAAAGUAAUAUGUAGUUCCACCGUACGUAUAUUAUUAUUACAAUAAUCAUGUUUCAUCGUUUUUUUGUCUACAGUAAGAUGAUAUUGUGAAUAAUUAUACUCGAUUAUAUUUUCUUAGGUGUUAAUUGGUGUGACUGAUGGCAAAAAAUAAACCAAGAAAUGACGGUCUAAUAAUUACACUAUAACAUCGUCUUGUUAUGAUAAAUUGUUUGUUCAUUCUUAUUUCCCUCCCUCACCUCCCGAAAAACCUUAUUAAAAUAUAUACAUAAAAACAAUACGAAAACUUGUUAUUUGAUAUUUUACUCUAUAACGUAUUAUUUAUAUAAAAAAAGAAAAAAUGUGUAAGUAUCAAACAAAUUAGCGUCAAAAGGAACGUUCGCCUCAUGUUUUCGCGCUUGAAUAAUGGAUUUAUUAUGUGAAUCCUGUGUUCGGAAAAUUUAUUCAUAUUAUAACGACUGUAUUAUAUUUUUCAAUAUUUUAAAUUUUUUUGUCUAUCAGUUCAGAGGUUCAAGCCCUGUGGCGACGUAAAAGUCUGUUUUUACAAAUGAAAACAUAAUUUUUCUUCGCGCGAAACGUCGUGCUAAUUUAUUCGGCUGUUUCUGUUUAUUGUAUCGACGUAAAAAUUAUUGUUCAAGCGUAUACAAAUUGGGUGAGCUUAUGUUUAAAAAACCACCCUGUAUCUGAAUAAAUGGCUUUGUUUAUUAAUUUGUUGGUCGUCGAAGUCUUGUUCAAACGACUUCGGUUUAGUUAUACAUACUACGAAAUAACCAUAGUUAUUAGAAUAAUUGGUAAGAGAAAUCAAUUAUUUCUACUAGGUUCUGUAACUUAAUCGGGUAGACGAAUAAUUAUAACUACUCAUUUUUUGUUUAUCUGUUCGCUGUUAGGUUAUAGUUCAAACACUGACCGUAAAAUGCUGUUCGCGAUGCUGUUCAAAUUACCUAUUCAAUAUUAUUUGCAUUCACUUUUUGAUUAUAUUAUUAUGUCUACAAUAUGUUAGUUAUCUUAUCGAAAUUCUCCACAUUUGUCGGAUCAGUUUUCGCUGAUGUUAACACAAUAUAUUUUACUAUAAUAUUAUACACACAAUAUUUACUGACUAAUCAACCCCGUUGGGUGUAAACUGUCUCCAUCCUCCCGACAAACAGUAAAUUCCCGCAUAGACACCAUUAUAUUAGUUCUUAAUAAUGCGAAAAAAUAUUUUUCAAAUGGUUCUCAAAAUGUAUUUUAGACAACUAACUCGUGUAAAUCUUUCCAUUAAACAUUUGCUUUUCAGUUUUAUAGGUAGAACGCAUACUAAUAUUUUUUAGAAUUGCAUUGAUUUAUUAUAUUAAGGUAGUCAAGCCGAAAUAAUUAUAAGAAGAUCCGAUUUAUGGAAAGGCAGGACAAAUACUUGGGACCUAAUCAAAUUUAGAACUAUGAUACUAUCGUAGGUGUAUUCGUAAUAUCCUAAUUUCAACGUAAAUAAAUAUUAGCUAACAUAUAUAACCUAAACAUAACUAUAUCAACUUCAAUAGUUUUCAUUUUAUUCUGAGUAAAACAGAAUUUUGUUAAAUUUCCCAAUACUUUUUCUAAAAAUUGCUUUUUAUAGUUUUUAUUUUUAAACACUUGGUUUGGCAAAUAUCUUAAUUUUUUCACGCAGUACAAAAAAAUCCGGAAUUUCUACCCGAUGUUGGUAUACUUUGUUUGAAAAACAUUUGUCGACAUUUUAAAGAGUUCAUACACGCAUCAAUUUCAUUUGUAAAUGUGCUUCCCUGAAUCACCAGUAGAGGCUUCAGAAAAUCGGUAGCAGGAGGAAUGUAUUUGUUUCAAUAUAAUAUAUUGUGAUGUGUGUUAUUUAUGAACAAUUUUACUACCAGAAAUUUUACUUCAAAUUUCAAGAAAAAAUGAAUUUCUGAAAGACAAUUUUGUCUAACUUGUGUGUAAGAAAGUAAUUUUUUUAUUUAAUAAUUGGGAAAACGUAGGAAGGAAGAAACCUAAUCUAACCUAACCUAACCUAAUAACGCAUAUUUUAAUGUUGUUUUAAAACAUUUUCCCAAUGAGUAAAACUGUAAUUAAUAAAAAACCAAUUUAAGAAACAGUUUGUAAACAUUUAUAUUUGUUUUGUAAUAUGUAUAAUAAUAAUAAUAAUAAUAAUAAUAAUAAAAUCAAUCUCAAUUUCUUUUUCGUGGUAAUAUAAUAAUAAAAAACGACGGACAUACUUUGUACGAAGACGCAGCCACUGGUGUAGGUGGGAAAUUGGGAAAGUACUGAUCCCCUGUGGAUUUGAUAAGAUUUGGAUCAGAUACCUAUAUCGUUAUAAAUAUUAUUCGUUCAUAUAGUUGUCCGACCCAUUUCAUCCGAUUCCUUUGAUACCGGUGUCAAAAUCUUCGUACUAAUUUGCGAAAAUUCCUAUAAUUUGGUAUGAGAUGAACCAACCUCGUGGACGUAUAAAUAUUAUAGGAUCGAUUGAACAUUUUAUAUUCGUGUACAGGCGAGCACCCAGGAAUUUUAUUUGGGGGAGAGGGGCUUAAAAUUUGCUUAUUAUACUUACACACGAGUAAACAACUACCACUGAUUAUUAAAUCAUUAUUUUUUUAUUAUUAUUAUUAUUACUACAUACUACAUAGUUUUGUAUUUAUAAUUAUAUUUACAACGAUGUAAUGAAUAAUAUAAAUCUAAAAAUAAUUUUCAACGAAAUAUAAUCGAUCGGCGAUGGCCACAAACCUUAUGUCGUACUAUUCAACUAUUAAUGUGUAUCAAACAUGCUAAUCAAAUAAAAAGAAAACAUAUUUUAUUAUUGUAACAAUAAUAAUAAUAUUAUAUAGUAAAAAAAAUUUUGGGGGCUUCAGCUCCAAAGCUUCUCUCCUGAGUGCGCCACUGAUCGUUUACGACGACAAACGAUUUUUGAUACGAACACCAUUACGGAUUUGCAAAUACGCAUAAUAGCGUAGAUAACAUUAUUAUUGUUGUUAUCAGUAACGAGUACGUUUAUUUUGCAUAUGAUACGCCCCUUGCCCCAUAACCCUACCGGAUUCCGUGUUUUGUAAUAAUAUUAAAUAAUUAUUUUAUUAUGUUAUUACGGUAUUAUUAUGUGUCGUCGUAAUUAUUAUCGGUUUACGCGUUGGGUUUCAGUUCGGGUUCACGGGUAAUUACAUUACCUGAUAAACCCAUCGAUAGAAUCCGAAAAGCUAUAGAGAUACUAGUAUUACUGUAAUACAAUAAUUUAUGGCAAUCUACAUUGCCCUUAAUUAUUCUUGCGUGAUACGUGUAGGUACUUAUUUCAAAUAUCGUGUAAACAUAAUAAUAAUUUGAUGAAAAUUUAAUAUAGUGAACGCAUACAUUAUCGCAGUGGCGUACACAGCAUUUUUCAAUGGGAGAGGGGACACUGAGCAGUAUAAACUAUUAUAUACCUAAUAAUAACUACAAAUUAUAAUACAUAUACAUGCUCGUUUAUGUACUAUUAUUAUAAAUGUUUUUUUUUUUGAGGUUACUUUGCAACAAAAUACAUAUUAAUUAUUGUAUAGUACGAUAAUUACUCGUACUUGAAUGGUUAAGUCAGUUGUGCAAAUGUGCGAUGAUUAUUAUUUUAUUAGUAACAUAUAAGUUUUCAAUGCUGAAUAGUUUAUAAUGUGUGUUUUGAUGUGGAGCAGAGUCGACGGCGCGGCGGUUCUAACAAAAAUCGACGGUGUGACGUCGUGAUUACAUUUUUUCCGAAACGAAACACCAAGUUUGCUGACUUCCAUAACCGCUUUUACCUAUUGUUUUAUCCUUUAGUAAAUGGCAAUAAAUAGAGCGUGGAUUUAUAUUCUCUUAAAAUAGCCAAAAUGUAAUGCUUAUAUUCUCUUAAAAUUUUGAAUAUAUGCUUGUAAUAUUCUCUAAAAAUAUUAUUAAAAUAUGUAAAACUAUGUUUUUUAUUAAUUUAUUCUCUUAACAUCAAAAUAUGAACUUAUAUGCAAAAUACAUUUAAUAAAUAAUAAACAAAAUCAAUAACAUUAUUAAAUAAUAAUAAACUAAAUUUUUUAGAUCGUUAUUUCGGCAUUUCAUUAAAUUAAAACUUGUAAAUUUAAGCACAACAGUUAUAAAAUAUAUAAAAAAAAUGAUUUUUAAUUUUAUUUAACUUCAAAUACGAAACGAUAACUCGUUAUCAUUAAAGAAAAACAUGUGAUAAUUUACGUGGUAACAAAUUAUUAUCAAUUAUUCGGGCCAUAGGUAGUUUACAUUAAACAUAGUCUAUAUGGUAGUCUGUUGUCUGUAAAAUUAUAACUAGAUAUCGAAAAUUCGUCUAACAGGACGUGUAUCAAUGUCAUUUACCGUAAUCGUAUUAUGAUAAACAGCAGAAUAAUAAUUUUCGCACUUCAUAAUCAUUUGCCAAUUAUCAAAUCAUAGUGGCAUUGGAAACUAUUGUACGACGCACCCAUUAAUAAAUUAUUAUAAAAUAGAAAAAAUUGAUCGCAAUGGUUGAAAUAUACAUCAUUUUUUAAUUCCUGGAAAUAUUUCAAUUCAUACAUUUUUAACUAGUCAAAUAUACAAAAAAAUAAUUUUAUAUGAAUAAUAUAUUCUCUUAAAAUCAAAAUAUGCACUUAUAUUAAAAUUAAAAUUUUGUAUUCAGAUUCUUUGUACUGCGAAUCGUUGACAUAUCUUACUCUCAUGAUUGUGCAUGCAUUUAUUAAAAACAUGUUUUUACAUAGGAAUCCGCGUUCUAAUAAUAAAUAAUGUAUUUUAUGAUAAUAAUAAUAUAACACAAAUUGCGUAAUAAAAUACAAUAAGAAAAACGAAAAAAUGGGUAAUAUUUUUGAUUUUAAAAUUGAAUUACCGUUAAUUUACUUCUAAAUUUCCAACUACUGGGGAUUUGAUAUCUCCACAUACCUUCUGAUUAGAGGACUAAACUCCCUUAGUCCUCUCCCCGGGUACGUCAGUCCAUUAUCGAAAUCAUUUUGCAGGAUAGAAAUUUUUAAGAAAAUUCAGAUUCAGGAUUAUCAGAUACAGUAUAACGUAGUUGGAGAGAUGAAGUUAAUUUAAUAUUAGUCUAUUAAUGGGCUAAUAAUCAACACAUUUUUAUAAAACAUCAGUUUUAUGCUAUUUUCGCCUUUAAGUAUUUUAUAAAAUGCCUUAUUUGACUGUUACAUUAUACUGGUAUACCAAAGACAGUAUACAUUAAUAUCGGGUUUAUUUUCUGUUUUUUACGCAGGUUAUGCGCCGAUAUUUCCAUUCCUGACGCCGAUAUUGAAACAACGGGGCUAUUCGGCGUUCAUUGUCGGUUUGAUAUACACCCUCCAGCCGAUCCCGGCGUUGUUUAUUCGACCAAUUACCGGCGUUAUCACGGACCGGUUCAAAUGUCGGAGAUCCGUGUUUAUCGCGAGCACGUUAAUUAUGUUCGGGCUGGUAGCCCUGCUGUCCGUGAUACCGGGUUCGGUAUCAGACGUUGAAAUGAACGAUCUGGACGUAAUCAAAUCACCGCUUUUUUGGUUUUAUUUCGUUACCAUCACUCUGGUUAAUAUGGACGGAACGAUCAACGGCGUGUUGGCCGAUACCGUUUGUAUAAAUUUACUAGGUAUGAUGAUUGAAAAGACUUGUUACGGAUAUUAUAACAGGACACAAAAUGAUCUCCCAGUCAUUAGUUUUUUUUUUUUUUUUUAAUGUUAAAGCGGUAUAUUGAAUUCCAAUUGCAAAAUUGGCUAAAAACUCUUUUAAGGGAGAUAUAAGGGCAUUACACGAGGAUGUGGUGAUGGAUAUAUAGGAGGGUUUAUAGCAGGGGAGGGGGUGAGCAUAUAAGUAUGGGACUUUAUUACUUGUACAGGAUCAGGAGGAAAACAACGAAGGGCUUGUUUUAACCAGAAACUUAUUUUAGGUAUGUAUAAGUUUAAAACACUUUAUAUCCCAGUUGUGUUCGUCCGUUCGUAUAGUUACUAUAGUAUACGUCAUAGUUAUUGAUUUGGUUGACAAGGAGAUAAUUAUUAUUCGUAACAUUAUUAUUAUUAUUAUAAUCAUUAUCAAUUUAAAUAAUAUAAAUAUUUAAUAAUAAAUUACACAUUCAUAUUAGCCAAAAUUAAAAAAAUAAAUAUCAAAAUAUAAGUAGUAAUUAAAGAGUUUUAAUAAUAUCCUGUCCACUAUUUACAUUAAAUUAAGAUUUUAAAUUUAUUUUCAUUCCUAUACAUAUGCAUAAUAUACCAAAUUCUUUUAAAACGGAAUACGAUGGAAUUACGUAACAGUUUAUUGUUUAAAUUACCUACGUUUAGAAACCCUGAACUUUGCACUCGUUUUGUUAACUUGUUAUCUUGUUUUUAAAUAUUUAGAUGGUUAACUCGUUUUAAAAUAGAUGGCGAAAUUAUCACUGCAUAUAGUGGUGUUUAUUGAUUCAGGCUACUGAACUUUUUCCUCUGCUAUUUGUAGGCACUUACUAAUUCGUGCGACUAUUACCUAUAACUUAUGGGACUCGGUUUACAAAAAAAAAAAAAACUCCAGAUCGAUUGUACUUGAUGAUUUACUAACAGUAACAUUGUUAGUUUUAUGGAAAUUAACGAAACAAAUUAGUCCAACCGUCAAAUAUUGCAUUAAUAUAUUCACGCACUCAAGGUGGUAACAAAUUGUCGCGUAUAAUUAAUACUGUACAUGUAUUAUUCAAUAUUUUAUUGCAUAUAAUUAAUUCUGAUGAUUUUUGGACACAAUUGAUUUUCGAUAAUUCUCUCUAUCAUAUCUUCUACAUUUUUAGAUUCGGAGUGUAGCGGUGGCUUUAAAAAAUCUUAAUGAUGUGUGUUUUUUUCUGUUUGUGAACAACUUGUCUACCAGAAAAAUUGCUCCGAAGUAUACACUAUAACACCAUUUCUGAAAAGUUAUUAAUUUUCUCUCGUUGGUGCAUUGUGGAAGUUAUUUUUUUGAUUUUUUUAGAAGUUUUCAAAAUAAUUGGGAAAACUCGAAAUAAAAUUAUAGGCAAAAUGGCAAAUAUUUACGAUGCGCCGCGGCGUUUCCGUUUUAAGUAUGUUUACACGAUGUUUUAUACCAGAAAUAUUGCUCUAAUAGAUAAACGACAAGAGAUCAUUAUUGUUGAAUAUUUAAUCUAGUUGGUGCCCAAGAAAGUUGUUUUUCAAUUCUUUGUUGUUGUAAUAAUUGUGCAAAACCGAAAAAAAGCGAAGGAAUAACGGGAAAUUUUACGAAAAUAAUUAUUUUAUUAUUUUAAAUUUCGCUUUUUCAUUAUAAUUCAGGUUAAAAUAUUCUUAGAGACUUAAAAUAUUGACAGAAAACUUAUAUUUACUUUUUCUAUACGUGGUGAAACUUUCAGAACAUUUGAGAGACUUUUAAGCUAUUUAAAGAAAUUUUAAUUUUGCGAGUGUUUUACGUAAUUUGUAUUUGGUAGAUACUCUGUAGAUAAAUUAUCAAAUAAAAACAUGGUCCUAAAAAAACACGAACAAUAAUUACAAUAAUAAUUAUUGAUAUUAGCAUACCUAUUAUAAUUUCCCGGUAGUCGACCGAGACUAACAAUACUAUAUUAUUUUAUAAUCUUAUAUUUUGAUCGUUAACCUCCGAAAAGAUAAAAAGUUAUUACUUUGAUGAUAUUAUUAUACUAUUGGACUGCGGAAACAAUAAUAGUUGUUUAAGAUUUAGCCAAAAUAAGUACGAUGACGUCCCAAUAGUUCUGCCAUAAUAUUCCUGGAGGUAAGAUAAAAUACUUUUUCUAUUGUAUUUAAAUACUAAAUAUAAAAUAAACAUAUUCUCGAUAAAUAAAUAUAAGAAACAAAAAUACUAUUAAUAUUUACUAGUAAUUGUUUAUCAUGGUGAAGGCUCGUGAACAGUGAGAACAUAAAUCUAAAAGUAUGAUAAACCAGCACAAACGACAAACAUUUAUGAUCAACGGUCAUGAAAACUAUUAAUUCGAUAUUUAACAAUGGUAUAUAUUGUAUAUACUGGUAUAUCUUAUUAAAGAUUCAGUGAUAAUAAUAAUUAUUAUCAUCAAAUAACUGAAAAGUAUUUAAUAAAUGUAUUUUCUUCGAAAAUUGUGUGCACAAAAUUACGAAAUACACCGCAUAAACGUUGUUUUUAAAUAUACGAUACAAAAUACUUAAAAAAAAAAAAAAUUUAUUCUAAAUGGUAAAUAAACAAUUCUGUUAUAUUCGAAAUAAUGUCUAUUACUUUCACAUCUAGCCUUAACGAAAAUUAUAAUGAAUAAUUAGAUUAUUAUGUGUCAGGGAAAUUAUGUAUAAUUGAAUGUUUUGUUUCGCAGGCGAAGAAAAAAAUAAAUAUGGAAAACAAAGGUUAUGGGGAUCGAUCGGUUGGAGUUUGGCCGCCAUUGCUGCCGGUGUUAGUGUAGACUGGUACAGCAAAGAUCUCACUUAUAAAAACUAUACUCUCGCAUUCAUAAUUUCAUUGUUGUGUUUCCUUAUAGAUAUAAUCGUGGUUUCGAAAAUCAAGGCAAGUAAAUAUCAUCUAUUUAACUCCAUCGCGAUACUAUUAUAUACGUUUUGUGCGUUGGUCGAAUUUCUUUUAAUUCAAGUAAACACAAACAUACUAUACUAUACGAAUCACCUACUCUGAACAAUUAAUUAUAUUAUUUGCACAUUUCAAAAUAAACGAACAUAUUUUAGCUUUUUUUUUUUUUAGAAUUGCUCUCAAAAUAGUUAUUAAUUAAUGACCUAAAACCAAUCACUCAACUCAUAUGUUAUUAUAAUUAUAAAUAGCCUGGAGACGGUUAAAAUAAUAUUUGCAACUAACGAUAUUGUCAACGGUAAGUACUUUUAGUCGAUGGGAAUUUUAAUUGACGCCGAGAUUGAUGGGAUUUCAAAUAUUUUAUACUAUCGAAACCGUCAAUAUUAUUGCUCACCGUCUCCGGGAAACACAUAACACAAGUUCCGAACACACCAAUCGCUCGUGUUUAUAAAAAGGGAAAAUUCUAUUUUUUAAUUGUAUUCCAUUUCAGAUUGUACAAGAAGAGGAAACGAAAAUAGUAGUUUCAGACUUGAAGAGGGUGCUAACUGAAUCCAAAGCUCUAGCAUUUAUUCUUUGGGUAAUUUUGUUUGGAUUUUUUAUGUCUUUCAUAUGGAACUUUGUGUUUUGGUAAGCAACAAAUUAUUAUUAAUAAUAUUACAGGGUAUACAUUUAUUUGACCGAAACUAUGAUUUUCCUCCGUUUACCUACAUUACGUAUUACUACAAUAUUAGCUAGAUUCUAGCUAGACGAAAUCAAUGUAACAACUAUAAUUUUAUUUUUAAUUAAUAUCAACAUAUAAAUUAAUUUAAAUAAAUCGAAAAAUAAUUUCGAAAAGCGUUAAGUCCAAUAAAAUAAAAUUUGAAUUUUAAACGUUGAUUUUUAAUCACGAAUUUUUUUGUUUUUACAUAAUAUACACUAUAAUUUUCCAUGAAUUACUUAUUUUUCAAUAAAUGAGUUGCUAUAGACUUUUUUAAAUCAUAUAUUCUAAAAUGUUACAUUUACCUUAUUGUUGGGGUUAAAUCAGUUAUCAAUUUUUGAUGUUUAAAUAGCGACCUAUACUAAAAAUACCAUAAAUAGACGGAGAGUAGUUAAAUGGAAUUUAAAUACAUUUUGGUGUUGUUUUGGACAAGACGUGAUAAUGAAUUGUAUAACUAUUAAGCCGAGCACAUUAACCAUGAUUAUGGUAAGACGAUACGGUAUUACAAAAAAAAAAUGUUAACACAUAAAACAGGGACAGUCUAAGAUUCAAUGGCGUUAAACCUAUAAGUAAUCUGAAGCAAUAGCUUCAGUUCAUAAAACUAUUAAAGUAAGUGAGUCAAAUUUGUAGGUAUUUUAGAUAUGUUUUGGUAGUAUUUGACGUACCUAUCUAUGCAGUAAAAUGCAUAACAAGUUAAUAAACAUAGUUAAUACCAAGCGAAUGUAUACACACAAUAUAAUUUACAAUUUUAUUAUAAUAUAUUAUGUAUACAAUAUAAUACCUAUUCUACGUAAUAACUUCCUAAUGUAAGUAACUUUGAGUAUACGAUUAUACUCAAAUUUCAUGCUCAAUAUAAAGAACAAAAUUUUAGUACUGUUUUAUAUGUUCGGUAUUGGGUUCACUGUUUUAACCUAGUUUUUGUAGCUGCAGUUAAUAUAAAAUUGUACAUAAAUUCGUGAUCUAUUCUGAUAUUUCAAUAUUAAAAACUAAUUAUAUUUAUUAGUAUUUCUUAUACAAUGAAAUUUCAAUCGAAUCGAACCCAAAUUAUGUUAAUGACAGGUGAAAAUUAAAAAUAAAUUCCUGGGGGAUCUAAUUUUUUUUUGACGACCGAUUUGAUUUUUUCUUUGCUAGUUAAAUUUGAUAGUGAUCUUUAGUCAUGAUAACAUUUUGGAGGUUCGAACAUUUACGUUUAGCAGGUGUGUUCUGGUUUAUAAGUCAGUCAACAUAUUUUUACUUUACAUUUAUUUUAAGAGUUUGGCGCCAUUGCAAUAAGGUUCAUGGUGUAUUCAAUGUUGAGAUACAACUAAAUAUUAUUAUCGUGUAUUCCACUAAUUUUUCGUUGUUUUAACAUUACUACAGGUACAUUGAAGAUUUGUCCAUUAUUUAUCAUCCCGAGACAAAAUCGUGGAUGAAAACUCUCCAGGGAGUGGCAUUGAUAAUUCAGUGUUUCGCGGGGGAGGUCCCGUCUUUUUUCGUGUCCGGUAAGCAUAAUAAUGUAGUUUACGGCAAAAAUCAAUAUUCGUCCAUUUCUUUAACUUGUGAACUAUAAUAAUAAUAGCCUGAAUAUUCACAGGUUACAUACUGAAACGCAUCGACCACAUGACCGUGUUUUCUCUGAUGUUCCUCACGUUCACUGUCGUCUUCUAUUUGUACUCAAUCAUCCAAAAUCCGUUGUGGACUCUGCCCGUGGAAAUCCUCAAUGGCAUAGCGUUUGGCAUGGCUUACUCGGCGGCCGUUUCUUAUGCAGGCAUCAUAACUCCAGCCGGAGCCGAGGGAACCGUGCAGAGCAUUUUCGGCACGGCGCUCAACGGGAUCGGUAGGCUAAUUUUUCGAUUUCACAUAUUAUCGACUAGUCGGAGGUAUAUCAUGUCAAGUGUCAUGAAGUCAUGUAUUUUAACGUCAAUAGUGUAAUAAAAGUUUAGUGCCUGUAGUAUACUCGUAAUAAUAGUAGGUAUACGUUUUAAAAUUAAUUUAACCAUUGAUUUAAUUUCAAAAAUGUUUGGUUUAUGUACUAUCGUACAUUCGUAUCAUAUCUUAUCGUUUUAAUCAAAUGCCUAUUAUUAUUAUUACUAUUGUUAUUGUGACAAAGAAUAAGAUGGUUUGGAAACAAAUAUUAUACAUUAGUAGUGACUAGCCACUAGACCUAUAGACCACACAAUACUUACAAAUUAAAAAUGCUGUCAUCCAUCAUUGAGUUGAAAUGUACAUUAAUUAUCUUACAUUUAAAAUUGUAAUUAAAAAUAACCUUAACAUCUUACCAAUAUUAAUAAAAGUUCUAUGCGAUAUCCACAGCCGAAGUUAUCGCACGCAGAGAUCUAAAAAAGAUUAACAUAUCUUGCGCGUGGGUAGGCCACUGUUGGAGGUGAGAAAUUGGGAAGGUAGUAGAUGAGAAAUGUAUAACUGUACGCAACGAUUAACCAUUGCAAACGAAAAAACAAUUCUGAGGGAAAUUCAAUUAAUAGUGUUGCUUGUGUCAUAUUAUGGUAAAAUAAUUAUGCAUUAAACAUUUCCUUUAAUAAUAUUUGUUUAAUAUUGUACCUAUUUUUCCGUAUUUGUUACGUUUUUCCCGGUUCCCCAUGUUUUUCCCAUUUAUUGGAAAAAUUCCUGAGAAAAUCAAAACUCUUUUCCUUAAAAUGCCACUCCAAUCAAAUUUUCAAACUUUUAGAAAAAGUGCCAUCAUUGUAAAUCGGAGUGAAAUUUCUGGUAGACAGUUGUUCACUGAUAAAAAAAAAUAAACAUCAUUGUGAAACCAAUACAUUCCUCACUCCAUUCAGAAUCCAAAAUAUACAUACAGAAGCGAAUGCAUGGGUUAAUGUUGCUCCUCGAAGCCGAAUUUUCGUUAUCCACGUUAUAAUUGGUGGCUGACCAAGAGUUUUGGAUAUUUUUGGAAUGAAAAUUGAAUAACAAAAUUAUUGAUUUAUGGGUUGUCUUGGUGAUACAAAUGAAUAAAAACCGUUGUUAUUGAUAAUUAAUUAGGUAGUCAUAGUCAAGGAAGUACCUUUUUUUUAAAAAAAAAAAAAAUACGGUACCGUUACAAAGAUUUACUGUAAUUGGGACGGAGGUGGUGGUCGUGGAGGAAAUACGAGCAGAAAUAUUUUAAUUUUUGUUUCGUUCAAUACUGUGUACAGACAGCUAAUUACUAUGAUAAUUAAAACGACUUUUGUGACACUUGAUAUACCUAUCGUAUGAUACCUGACAUUAUAACGUAAAUUAUAAUGACUUUUUAACACUUGCGUUAGAAUCCUCGAUAUUGUUUUAGUCGCUUAUACUAAUGGUAUGACGAACGUGAAUACAAAGAAAAUCAAAGACGAGGAUUCGGAUGCAAGUUGUUAGGUGCCUAACCAAUUUUCACUUGCAAAAUUAAAAAUAUAUUUGGACACCGAUUUAUCAAUGGACUCAAAAUCUAGUGUCUAAACAUAAUGUGAUUCUAUAUAAUUGUUGGUGCAUACACAUACGACCUUAAAUGUUUUUUUGAUGUGUUAUGAUCGAUUAUGGUCAUUUAUAGUGACCAAUCACCCUUCACCGUUUAAAAAUCCAUCGUUUUCCAGGUGCUCCCAUUGGAAGUUUCACCGGUGGUAACAUGUUCAAAAACUUGGGCAGCAUCCAAUCGUUCCGAUUGUUGACCGGACUCGCGUUGGUCGUGUGCAUCUCCCAAGUGUCCGUCAACUUUUUGUUAAACUGCCGUCAUCGUCCGUCCGACAACGGCGCUACCACCAAUAAGGACUGCGCUUACAAUUUAGUUGAGACUAAGGAUACGGCCGAAGACACUAUCCCAACACUCUAGCGUUUGAUCUCCUAUGCGUAUAAUAUAAGUACUAAGUAUAGGUACAACUUAUAAUACUCAAUAACAAUAUGUAUUUGUAUUUUUUUUUUUUUUGAUACAUUGUGUUUUUUUUUUUUUUUAAUUAAAGCUCUUCCGGCUGUCUCGAUAACUGCGUGUGUUUUUUGUUUUACC